UAAUUAUUUGAAAAAAAUUAACCCCUUGCCUUACGAUUUAGGUUCUAAUAACCAAUAAGCAAGAUCUUGUCUUCUGAUAUAUAAGUGCAUGUGUAAGGUACAACUAAUUUUAUUUUGCAAGACGUUUGAUAAAUUUGAUUACCAAUUGAUUAUUGAAUAAAAAAAAUUUAUUAUCUUUGAGUAAAUAAUAAAUCAAUAACAACGACGUACUACGCCUUUCACACAAUAUUGUAAGUUACAGGGUUAAGAACCGUUGUAUAUUGUUAUUGAUCCCUUAUAAUUUAAUAUUUAUAUAAAAAAAAAAGUAUGGUUCAGAAGAAAAGGGUACUUAUGGUUUGUUUAGGGAAUAUUUGUCGUUCACCAAUAGCAGAAGCAGUUUUCAAGAACGAAAUAAAUGUAUUAGGCUUGAAUGAAUCAUGGGAAGUAGAAAGUGCAGCAAUCAUAGGAUAUCAUACAGGUAAAUGUCCAGAUCCUAGAGCUAUGUCCACGCUAAGAGAAAAGGGUAUCACUAACUAUUCUCAUACAGCACGAACAGUCAACACAGAUGAUUUUACCACAUUUAAUUGGAUAUUUGGAAUGGAUAAUAGUAAUAUUGAAGAAUUAAAUAAUAUGAAACCUGCAAAUUGUACUGCUAAGAUUGAACUUCUUGGAAAGUAUGAUCCAAAGGGAGAAAUCAUAAUCAAAGAUCCUUAUUAUAUGAACAACAAUAAUGGAUUUUAUAAGGCAUAUGAGCAGAGUACACGGUGUAUAAAAGCUUUCUUGCAACAACAUAAAGAUGAAAGUUUAAAACCAGAAUAAAACUUAACAACUAUUAAUAUUUAUAAUUAAAAUUAUUAAAAUAUUAUAUAUGUACAAAUUCUUAGAGACAAUAAAAAUUCAUUACAGAAUUAAAGUAUUGAUUCGUUACUACUUAUCAUUUACAAGUAUUCUUUAAAUGAAAUUCUCAAUCAUCUUUCAUAUAUAAAAUAACUCUCUAGUAUCAUAUCAUAUUAAUGCAUGUAACUUAUACCUAUUCUGAUUUCUAUUAACUUAAUACUCGUGUAACUACAUAUUUACUUGUACAAGCAACAGUUAUUUAAGAUAAAACAUACAUAUGUAUUUACUUCGUUUUACAAGGUUUCUUACAUAACCUUAAAGACACUAUUGUAUGAAUAUCUUUUUAAAGGUGAAAAUUAAUUUAAAAUUAGUAAACAUCAAUAUGUCAUCAAAAAAGAAAGUGUUAAUGGAAACAGCUGUCGUUCUCCAAUAGCAGAAGCAGUAUUUUACGAUGAAAUAAAAAAGUUAAAUCUUUCUGACGUUUGGGAAGUAAAUAGUGCUGCACUUUUACAGUAUCAUGUAGGUAACAGCCCAGAGCCUAGAACUAUGUCUACGCUCAAAAAAAGAGGCAUUACACAUUAUACUCACAUAGCGAGACAG